AUGGCGUCCAACACCGCCCUCUCCCAGACUGUUCAAUCGCUAACUCUCAGCAAGAUGCGCGAGCUGGAGAAACUGCGCAACGCUUAUCAGUCGCGUAAAUCUGAGAUCCUCAGAGUAUCUGCUGCCUGUGACCAUCAAUUCGACAGAUUGAGACAUCUCCUGGCUGGCACCAAAGAACUCUAUCCCGGCGCCUCUACGGAUGUCACCAUCGGCCAUAUCGAACGAUGGCUCGAUCAAGCCAGAUACGACUCGUCGAUCCCCUCGAAGAUGAUAGAGGGGUUUGAAGAGACCUUGAUUUCUAAAUUGGACGCCCACAGUCGCAAAUUGAGUCUUGCCGAUCUCUAUGCGCGCUUGCUGACCGAGUGGAUGAGUCCUUCAAACAAUACGAGCAACCCCAAAGCCAAGGAUGAUUCUGACGACGAAGAUUUUCAUGUUGUGGAAGAACGCCAGAAGCAACGUCUUCAGCAACUAUGCGACCAGUUUGAAGCCGUCGUCUUCGAGCCGCGUGAGACCAACGAACAGGAGAUCCAUGCCUUUCUUGGAGACCUCUUCGUUGAGGAUCAGGGGAAGUUGGCGCUGAACAAACUACGGAGCCUUGUUAAGGACAGAUGCGAAGCAAUUUGGACAGCUGAGGAGCCGUUCAACCAGAUUUCUUUGUCUAAUUGCAUUAAAGGCCUGCUCACUCAGGAGUUGCUGAGUGACGGGAAGCGAGCUGUGCUGAAAGACUUCCUGGGCAACAAGGUUGCUAUGACUGAGAUUGCAGAUGUCCUGAAUAUGCGAUACGCAGAUUUGAAGAACUGGAACUGGCAUACUGGUGAAAAGGGUAUUGCAGUCCUACCGCGUCAGCAAACGAACGGCAAAUACCGCGUCUGGGUAGACGAGGACAUCCUGGAGACCAUCUUCGCCGAGUUCAUCGCGCUCAAGUUCUGCAGCGCACUCAAGCACCUUCUGGAAUAUAUCAUUACACAUCACAGAGUCUGGAAAUUCUCUCCAGGUCCGCAGAAGACCGAGCGCGACAUUCUCCGCCGUCGUUACUACCUCGGUCCCCGCCCGUGGAGACUUAAUAACGUGGACAACCUACGCAAAGGCGAAUACCAGUCCACGUACUUCCUCUCACACUUGCCCGGCUCUGACACGUCACUCUUUGAGAACGGUCCUACAUAUGACGAAGCAAGCGACGAUGAAGGCGCUGGUGCAAGGCUGGCGCAUAAGGUCGGACCCAACGAAAACAUCAAGCAGCGGAUACUGCGCAAGGUUGCGACGGAGACUCUCCUCCACCAGCAUCUUCAUGGCGAGGCAGCUGUGAUUCAGUCUGAUAUGAAAUGGUACGGGACCGGUCUUCCGCACAGCACCCUCUUUGCGAUUUUGAGAUUUAUCGGCUUUACCGAAGAGUGGAUCGAUUUCUUCACAAAGUACCUUCACGCGCCACUGAACAUGGAUGAGGCCUGUGAUGGCCGGACCCCUACCGGCCCUCGCAUGCGGCAACGCGGCGUGCCUCUGGCUGGCGCAAUGGCGAAACUCAUGGGCGAGCUUGUUCUCUUCUUCAUGGACAUGACCGUGAACCGCGAAUCUGGCAUGUUGCUCUACCGAAUGCACGAUGAUUUGUGGCUGUGCGGGGAUCCAGCCAAAUGCGUCCAGGCAUGGGAGGCCAUGCAAAGAUACGCCAGAGUCAUCGGCCUGGAGUUCAAUCUGGCGAAAACUGGCUCUGUCUACCUCGCCGAGUCCAGAGACGCCAGCAUUGCUGCUCGACUACCCAAAGGGCCCGUCACGAUUGGAUUGCUCGUGCUUGAUCCCAACUCUGGUAACUGGGUGAUCGACCAGGCGCAGGUGGAUGCGCAUGCUCAGCAAUUGAAGCAGCAACUUGAAUGCUGUGAUAGCGUCAUCUCCUGGAUCCGCACCUGGAACAGCUGUAUCGGCCGCUUCUUCACUAGCAAUUUCGGCCAGCCGGCCUUUUGCUUCGGACGUGACCACGUCGAUCUCAUCCUUGCCACGUACGAAAAGGUGCAGAACACACUCUUCAAUACCGACGGUCGCGCUUCAACAGUCACGGAGCACCUUCGGCACAUGAUCGAGGAACGGUUCGGCGUCUCCGGGAUCCCGGACGCGUUCUUCUUCUUCCCGGAGCAAUUGGGCGGCCUUGGUCUGCGGAAUCCUUUCGUCUCAACGCUCCUGGCCCGCGACGAGCUCCCCUUCACCCCCGUCCAGCUUAUGAACGAGUACAAAGAAAACGAGAAGCAGGCAUAUCUCGACGCCAAGAAGGAAUUUGAGCAGCUGACCGAACGCGAGCGCUUGCAGCGGUAUCAGGAGGUCCUCCACGAGGCAGAGUCUGGAGCAACCCCUGUCAUCCAUAAAAACGAAUUGAAUACAUUCAUGUCUUUUGAGGAAUACAGUCGCUUUAGGGAAUCCACCGACAACCUCCUGAAAGAUUUAUACACAGACUUGAUGGAUGUUCCGGGUGAGACUGAUAUCAAACUUACGGAAGAGGUCUCCAGUGCGCUGGGAAAGGUGCAGUCUCAGUUCGAUUACCCGGUGGAGGAUAAUGAAAUUAAAUGGAUGCUGCAGCUAUAUGCCGAAGAGCCGCUGAGACUACUUGGGGGGUUGAGCCUGGUCGACAAGCGGUUCUUGCCUGUUGGGGUGUUGGCGAUGGUCAAGGGCAAGAGAGUCACCUGGCAGAUGGUGUUGUGA